GUUGUGUCCAUUGUGCUUUGCUUUUUUGUGUGUGUGUGCGGCCCAAGAGAGAGCUAAACCAAUGCAUUUAGGUGCACAACAACAACGCCCCAAGCAACAACAACAACAACGCGAGCAACAAGAAAUCCAUCAGCGUAGACGCUUAGGACGACAACAAUGUCAUCCCUGCAACACGAAUGGCAUUUACAGGGUUCACGGGGAUCGGUUUACUGCGCGAGUGAACCGGACCCAGCUGGUGGAGUCCAGUACGAGUCGGGAGGGCUCGUUCUCAACGGUACUGCCGGUGCCGUACACAAUGCCCAUGUUGCCGGUUGCCAGCCCACAAGUGGUUCACUCUUCUCGGUGGUGUCGGCACCACCAGCGGCCCCGCUGCUGGCCCAGCUGGAUGUCAAGCAAAUGGAAGCAAUGUGUGUGUCCUCUCCCUCGCCCAGCGCCUCACCAGCAAUGCGACCCGCCACACUCAGCCUGGAUGCACCCUGCUGUCCGCGCACCUUGCACUCCAGCCUGCUCGAGCAUCAGAUAUCCGAACUGGAGGAGGAUGACAACGAGAACCUGUUGACCAUUUCGAGCAUUACGGCCCGGCCGUUGAUAGCCAAAUCGCAUGAGUUGCGCAAACAGCAUCAGCAACAAUUGUCGUCAUCGGGUACGGCACGCAGCAAGUGCUUGAAACGCGCCAAGGAACUGGAGCGUGCUGCACCGCGUCGCAGCAAACAGCAGCUGGCCAAGGAUCGCGACUCAUCCACCAGCACGACGGAGAGCAGCGGUGGUGGUGUGUCGGAGCCACCGGAUGGCGGCUAUGGUUGGUUCAUUGUCUUUGGUGCGUUCUCUGUGCAGUUUUGGGUCGCCGGACUGGUCAAGUCGUACGGUGUACUCUAUGUGGAGAUUAUGGAGACAUUUCCCAGUUCGACAGCAACGGUGGCCUCCUGGAUACCGGCCAUAUUGUCGGCACUGUGUCUGGUGCUGGCACCACUCUCGAGCGCUCUGUGCCAGCGCUUCUCCUGUCGCUCCGUGGUUUUUGUGGGCGGCAUCUUUUGUUCGCUGGGCAUGAUACUCAGCUAUUUUGCCACCAAUCUGCUGCACUUGCUCUUCACCUUUGGCAUACUGACCGGCAUUGGUGGCGGUCUCUCGACCACGCCUGGCAUUGUCAUUGUUUCACAAUACUUUGACAAGCAUCGCGCUUUGGCGAAUGGGAUCUGUGUCUCGGGCACUGCAGCGGGCAGCUUCGUGCUGCCCAUACUCAUUAAGCAUCUGGCUGAGAAUUGUGGCUUCCACGGCACCUUACUCAUACUGGGCGCGUGUAUGUUGCACGUGUGCGUCUCGGCGACACUCUAUCGACCCAUCAGCGCUUAUGCAGCGGAACAGGCACAGACCCUGGAUGCGGCUAGUAAACCCCUCAGUGAUGACAUCAAUCCCAGCACAACGGGCAUGCUGACCACAUCCACCUACUUGGACACAUGUGAGCUGGGUGCCAAGGAGCUGAAUGACAAGUUCAUUGAGCAUUUGUUUCUCGAGGAGUGCAAAAAUCACUUGAACUACUACUCCAGCAAGCAACCUGCGCAAGAUAAAUCUGCGCAGGAGAGCGAUGAUGAGGUCAAGGACAUCAUCGGCGAGACCACGUUUAUAAAGCCAAUGAAAAAGGUGCGCAGUUCGGGUCUGAUGCACUCAGUCGAGGAUCUGAGCACAGACUCGACGUGGGUCUAUCGCAAGCACUCCGGCAGCGAUUCAAAUCGGGGCAGUCGACGGCGUCGCAAUGUAUUCGCCAAUGACGAGACGAUUAGCAAGAUUCAGGCACAUCUGGAGAAGCCACUGUCGCCGCCCACCGUUGUGAGUCGUGGUCUCAGCAAAAGCAUGGAGAUACCCACGCCCUUCAGCAAUCUCAGCGAGCUCAAACAGCACCAGCAAUCGGAUGGCAGCAUUCUCGACUCACAGCUCUUGGAAUCCACUGCAGCCUACGAUGAUGACAACGAUGACGAUGACAAUGAUGCCGCCGAUGACGAGGAUGAUGAUGAGCGGCAGUUGAAGCGCAGCUGUUGUGCCCGCAUUGAAAUGUAUAUUGAUCUGAGUCUGCUGCAGGAGCCCAGCUUCAUACUGAUGUGCCUGUCCGUCACACUCAUGUCCGUCGGCUGUCCCUAUAUGCUCUACUACCUACCUGCGCAUGUUAUAUCCAUUGGUUACAAUAAAAGCGAAGCUGGCUAUUUGGUGGCCAUCAGCGCCGUGCUGGACUUGUGUGGUCGCCUCGGACUGGGCUGGUUAUCGGAUCUGCAUCUGUUCGAUCGCAAGAAGACCUAUACACUAUGCAUAUUGGGCGCUGGUCUUGCGGUGCUGACAAUACCCUUUGCAAGGACCCUCAUCCUGGUUGGGCUCUCCGCUGCUGUCUACGGCCUGUGUCUGGGCAGCUGGUAUGUCUUGAUGCCUGUGUUGCUGGCGGAUGUCUUUGGCACGGAUCGGAUUAGUUCCAGCUAUGGCCUCGUGCGAAUGUUUCAGAGCAUUGGGGCGAUAUCGGUGCCACCGCUGGCUGGUCUGCUGAGGGAUCUGUCCGGUGACUAUGAGAUCUGUUUCUACUGCAUGGGCUCCUGCAUGGUGUUGGGCUGUGCACCGCUAGUUGUGUGGACCAUACUUGAGGCCAGGAAUCAUCGACUGUUCGUGCAGCACGACGAUGACGAGGAGGAGGCCUAAAUAUUGGACACUGAUGCAGCUUGUCUUGGUUCAGUUUGUUGCUUAACAGUUAGAGAAAAUACAAAAAAAAAAACUAAAAAAAAAAUGAUAUUUGUUGUUCGUGUUUAGUAGCAGUUUAGCAGUUAGACCGAAACAUGUUUUCCAAUAGCAGUACAAACGAAAAACAAAAAGAAAAAGAAAGAAAAGAAAAACAACCUGAGUUCGAAUGCCUCACCGAUAACGUUGAUACUCUUUAACUACUUACAAACAUAUACUCUAACUUUUAUUCAAGCCACAUCAUUUACUUUACACACACUCAACUCUCAGUCACUCCUGACUCAACACUUGAGUGCAAUCCUAAGUUGCUCGCAUUAUUAUACUAAAUCAUCUCGCUUGUCCUAUGCAAUAAUAAUGCAACAAUUGUGUAUUAAAUAAUGUUAUUCACACAACAAAACUACAAAAACAAAACAAAAAAAGCGAAAAUAAAAAUAAAAACAAAAACCAUGAAAAGCACCGAAAGUUGCGCAAAGAACUGAGUUAAAAAAGACAUGAACACCAAAAG